UAUAUUACUUGUAGACGUGCAAUUCUGGAUGAAUUACGCUGUAUCAUAUGUACAUAAGAUUUUUUAUAAUAAAUCUAUUUAUAUGUUAAUAUAGUAACGAUGUGUACGCCAAUUUUUUCAAAAAAAAAAAAAAGUACAAUUAAUCGCUUGAAGAGGGCGAGUCGAGCAUCUCAACGCUGCAGUAAAUUUUACUAUAUACUUACUAUACUCUGUGCGGCACGUGCGCACAUCCGAAUCGCCGUCGCCGUCCUGCUAAAGUAAUUUUUCUGAAGCAGCUUGUUUUCGACUGAGAUUCUGAUUGUUAUAAACUAAAUAUGAAAUUGUCAAACAAUACAAAAAUUGGAAUUGGAUGGUAGGGCUUGUGCUAUAGCUUUUGGACUAUACAGUUUUUAUUUGUCAAAAACGUACAUUGACAGUAAUCGUUAUAAGGCAAUGAAAGCAAGACAACGUAUUAAACAGGCGCAUCAAGUUAACAAAGAGGCAAAUCAGUGAGACAACGACAGAGCAUCAUUAAAAUUCAUAAGUUUGACGCAAAUUUUUGAAUUAUAUUUUAAAUAAAAAUCAAAAAUGGCCGGACUACCACCGUUAGAUGAAGAGAAAUUGAAAUUGGUCCAAGACCUGGAGAUAGAGAUGAUGUCGGACAUGUACAAUCGAAUGACAGCAGCGUGUCACAGGAAGUGUAUUCUUCCCAAGUACCUAGAGCCCGAGCUGGGGAAAGGUGAAUCAGUUUGUAUUGAUAGGUGUAUUGCUAAGUACCUAGACGUUCAUGAAAGAAUUGGCAAAAAAUUGACGCAGAUCUCUAUGCAAGAAGAAAGCCUUGUCAAAGGAGCCAAACCUGGUUAACGUUGGGUGUUGCCAGAUGGGCAGCUUAGGGAAAUAAAUUUAGUUUUGAAGUGCAUUGCCAUUUUCCUAUCUUGCAUUCGUAGUACGUUGAAUUGCAUUUAUGUGAAGUAAUAUAUGAAAAAUCAAGGUUUACAAGAUAAGAAAAUCGUGGUGCACUGUGGUUGAGAUCAGACAAAUUUGGUUUGAUCAAUUUAAACUAUCUUUGUAAUUCUGUUUUAUGAAUCGAUAAUUACAAAAAUUUAAAGAA